UGCGGUUCUCCGGGAACGACGCCGUCGACGAGGACGACGGUAUCAGUAAGGACAGCUGGAGCGCCGAAAAGGACAGCGGCUGUGAUAACUGUGUGAGUGUGUGGGUUUGCUGAGUUUCUCAUUCCGCACUGGUCGCGAAAAUUGACGCAUUGAAGCGCCCCUUGCUGUUGGUGCUGCUGGUGGAAAACGGAAAAUGAAAAUUAGGAAAACAUUAGGCGAACAUGAAGCGUGUUUAAAAUAUCACUUUCGAGAGGAUGUUAUUUUUAUCAGUGGCGUGAAAAGCGUUGGAAAAGCGUGAAGAGCGUCACAGAGGGGGGGCAGAGAGAAGUGCAGAAAAAGAGGAAAAACGGAAGGAAAAUCAAUCGCUUAACGAGUCGCUGCCGUUCUGGCCUUUGAAGAGUUUGUGCUUGUGAUGUGAGUUGUAUACAUGAUACCAUUGUAGCCAAAGCAGACUUGGCGUAAAUAUCUGCUUGUGCGAAACUCUCAUCUCGGCAGGGGAGUUAGAAAAGAAGAAAAAAACAAUUUUGCGCAGCACUUGAAACAACCAGAAGAUGAAUGGAGAUCAUUGUUCUGCCGAACGAUACGUGAUUUGAAUGUCCAGCAGCUCGUCCAGAAAUCACCCUCGUCAUCGUGCUCGACUCGGAUGCUGGAUGCUAAUCGCAAUCCCGAGAGAAGCAGCCCGAAAACUGUGAGCAAAAGCGUGUCCCGAUCGUUAUCUCGCCCCAAUUCCAGCAAUGUACCAGCAGCAUGAACUCCGCCAACGAAUCCGCCGACUGGGAACCGUUGCUGGAACCGAACGGCAAGGCCCUCCCAAAGAGGCACGCAGGUGGAACCGGAGGCAUCGCGGGCACGAAUAGGCGCGAAAUCAAAAGCCUGUACCAGGAAAAGUGGGGCCGCAUCCGGCUCGGAGUGCUGGUCGUUCUGGCCUUCGUCACGUUCUACCUGUCGCUGUCGACGAUCACGCUGCGGCCGGUCGUGCACCAGAUGGUGGUCAACGUGCCCGAGGACGACGAGGAUCUGCCGGGACCAAGAGGCCUAGCCUCACCUGCCGUAGUAACUGAAUCCAGUACCAACCGACUCAUUCCCGUUAUUCCACAACACACGACCUCGUCCCUGAACAACAACCACGAUGACCUGAACCGUGAUACUAACCACAACACCAACCUAACGACAACCGCAGUGCCAAAGGGAUUUCUAGUGUGGGGACCAGGCUGUAAGAUGCUCGAUCUGGAUCCGCUGGCAGACGACGUGAUGCGGCUGUUUCGGAAGGAGCGCUUCGAGCCGUGCUCGCCGAAGAAACCACUUACCACGAUCGAGCAGGACUUUGAGAACGACUCGGUCGUCUUGAGGUUCCACCGGGACCAGGCUGAGAAACAUCUGCCGCACUACAUGAAGUUCAUCGAGUGCUGCUACCAGAGCAUCGAACGGUCCGGGGUCAACGAAAAGGCUGAUAAAAACUUUAACUUAAGUGAGUGUAAAUAUUUCUCCCACGACGUCCAACUACCGCCGAACGUUACCAACGGGAUUAUGGUCCGCUGUAAGGGUAGCGUCUCGGAAAAGGCCAAAACGCGCAAGUCGGUGUACACCAACGUGCACGCGUUCAUCCGAAAGAAGCCCGCCGUGCAGGAGCGGCUGGAUCGCUUCCGGCAAAGUUACAAACAACGCCCGCUGAGCGUGCUCAUGAUCGGCAUCGACAGCAUAUCCCGGCUGAACCUGAUCCGAGCGAUGCCGCACACGGCCCAGCAUCUGUACGACACGGGCUGGUUCGAGCUGAAGGGGUACAACAAGAUCGACGACAACACGUACCCGAACCUGAUGGCGAUCUUGACCGGAUACAACAACACGCUCGCGUACGAUGUGUGCAAUCCGCGGAAGGUUGGCCAGCUGGAAACGUGCCCGUUCCUGUGGAAGUACUUUGCCGACAGUGGCUACGUUACGGCCUAUGCCGAGGACGAGGCCAGCAUCAACACGUUCAAUUACCACAAGUUUGGUUUCGUUAAGCAACCAACCGACUACUAUUUGAGACCGAUGGCGCUGGCCGCCGAGAAGAAUCUGGUGAAAAAGUUGAAAAACUCGCUUACGUUCUGCCUGGGCUACCAACACUACGCAGACUUUAUCUACCAGUACGCCCUGGACUUUGCCACGUUCUACAAGGACGAACCAAACUUUGGGCUGUUCUGGACGAAUACGUUCAGUCACAACGACAUCAGUGAUCCUUCCUCGAUGGAUCUUCGCAUGAAGUACUACGUCGAGGAGUUGCAAAGUCGAGGCAUUCUGAACAACAGCAUGGUCAUCUUCUUCAGCGAUCACGGGAUCCGCUUCGGUGCGGUACGAUCGCUGCUGACGGGUUGGUUAGAGGAGCGGUUACCUUUCAUGUUCAUGUGGCUGCCGGACUGGUUCAAGGAAGAACACCCCCAAAUUGUGCAGGCACUGAAGGUCAACCGCAAUCGUCUCACCAACCCGUACGAUCUGCACGCAACGCUGAAACACGUGCUCGAGCUAUCCGAACGCAUCGACAACCUGCCAACGCCGCUGAGUUGUCCAAACUGCCAAAGUAUUUUCCAGGAAAUGCCCUGGAACAGAUCCUGCGAGGAGACGUCCAUCGCACCUCACUGGUGUACCUGUUCCGACUACGAAAAGAUCGACAAAGGAUCGCGACUAGUUCAGGAGGCCGCCGGGUUCGUUAUAGACUCGAUCAACGAAGAUCUGGCGCAAAAUCAGCGCAACCUUACGAAGAAACUAUGUGCCAAGAUGCAGCUAAAAUCAACCUCGCUGGCCAAGAUCGCCCGGUACCCGGACGCAGAAACCCCCCACAACGACUACCUGUUGAUCAUAGACGGGAAGCCGGGCAAUGGAAAGUUCGAGUCCACCGUUCGGCACUACACCAAGCUGAACAAGUUUGAAAUCACUGGCUCGAUCAGCCGCCUGAACGAGUACGCGAGCCAGAGCGAGUGCAUGCACGUGGACUACCUGAGAAAGUAUUGCUACUGCCUGCGACGAAAGGGCGGAUAACGGACUAUCGAAGGUAAGGUUGAUGUGACAAUAAGGUCUCCAAAGUCCAACGUACCAGCAGAAACUCGUCCGGAUCGGAACGACGAUGCCAUCUCGAAAGUAUUCCUACACUUCAACUGUUCAGCCAUUUCUAAACUCCAAAAUGUCCUUUCUACUACAAAUUUAAUAGUGAAACAUUUCCCUCAGUAUUCAGUAGCUUUUGAUUACCAGUGCACUGCCCAUGUUCGCAUAAAUGUCCCAUAUGCAAAAACAGCAAGCUGAGAAAAACGCAUUUGAAGUUUGUCCCACGCAUAAGGCUACGUGUUAAGUUUUUGCGAAUAAACUGGAUUUCCUCCUGAUUUCUAGAACAAAGUACUGGAUGUUAUAGGGUUUUCUGAAAGAAGAAAUUUUGACCCGAACUGCAUCAAUAACUCAAAAACCAAGAAAAUGCAUAUGUGACAUUUAUGCGUUCAGGGGCAGUGCAGCGACCUUGAAGGUCAAUUCUUACGAAUUCCUAAGCUUGUAACAUUAGGUCUCAUACUUGCGAAAUUCUUUUUUAGACACUCUCUGGACCUACUUUGCUCAUCAAUUAAAUCGGUUACCAUGGUUACCAAGCAGGACAGUGAGCAAGCGAGUUGCUCUCUUUUCUCCCAACUUUGAGAGAAAAGAGAGCGCAACUCAUUUGCUCGCUGUCUUGCCACAAACAAAAUUCUGAUCAUCUCAAAGCUGCAGAAAAUAGAGAGCGUGCAGUACGAUUCUGCCGCAAGAGAGACACUAUUCUACAAGCACAGCAACGAACCAACUUAUUGAUUCUAUAGUAGCCAAAAUUUGUACCUUUUUCCAUUCCUACGACGCGCGCGUCACCCAAAACACAAUUUACCACGCUAGUGAAUGUAUAUUAGUAGAAACAGCAAAAUACUCGUAGACGAAGUGUGCUGAAUUAAGCGAAUGGGAUUUUCCUUAGAAGAGAAAUAUUUUUGUUAUUUACUGAGAUAGAAGAUGUAGAUAUUUAUAUUAUUACUACAGUAAGCCUAGACAUAGAAAAUAAAAGAUUAAAAAUUAAACAGA